CAAGCAGAUGCUCGAUCGCCGUUCAAUUCGGCACGCCGCAGGCGUCACCCAUCACCGUACCACUCGGUUGCAAUAAGCUCACCUGCUAAUGGCGCCGGGCUCCAGUUUGAUUUGUUUCCUCCCUGCUGCCUCGUGUGCUCUCUUCCCGGGUUGGAUAACGCGGCGCAGUUGACCCGGUAGCCCGAAACCGCUCGUAUAUCUUCGAAACUUUCCGUGACACGGUGGAGCUAACCACUCCGCGCUGGCUCGCCACCGGCCACCACCGCCGCCGCUUAACCAAACCAACUGCUCUCGCCCCUGCCUCUCGCGAGUUUUAAGUCGCCGCUCGCCACGCCACCUCGCGCGUUCGUUCAUGCCCCGCCGCCCCCGGCAAUGGCUGCCGCAGCGGUGACCUCGCCCUCGCCGGAUCCCUUCACGUUCCACUGCCCCGCGGCUCCGUCGGCGGCGGCUGAGACCGAGGACGGCGACGAGUUCGAGUUCCGCGUCGUGCCCGCGGCGGCGGCGGCGCUCUCUACCGCCGACGAGCUCUUCUCCGGCGGGAAACUCGUGCCUUUGCACCGGCCUGCGCCCGCGUCUGCCCCGUGCUCCCCUCCGCCGUGCCUGGAGGUCGAGCCCGCGUCAGAGCCGACGUCCCCACGCGCCCCGCGAUGCGCUGGGCGGCGGUGGCGCGACCUCCUCCACCUCGUGUCCAGCUCCAGGAAGGCCAAGGACGACAAGAAGUGCGCCGCGGAUGGGUGCCUGCAACGCCGGGAGGCGCAUUUCCGGCCGCUCCUCUCGCGGGACUCCUCGUCGUCCUCGUCGGCCUCCUCGGUCGACUCCGGGAAGCACGCGCGCCGCCCGCCGCCGCCGUCGUGCUCCCCGCUGCGGACACGCUCCGCGCCUGUGGCGAACCUCCUCCACCUCAUGUCCAGGACAAGAUCCGCCGCGGACAAGAUCGGCGCCGCCGCGGACGCGUCGCUGCACCCCUGGCGGCCGGAGCCGCCGUGCGCGGCGCACCCGCUCCUGACCCGCGCCUCGUCCUCGUCCUCGGCGUCCUCCUCGGACUCCGGCAGGAACCCGCGCGCGGCGCCGUGGCGUCCCCGCGGUCCCUGCCGGCCGGUACGCCCGGCUGUCGCGGCGGAGAGCCCGCGCGUGAGCGCGUCCGGGCGCGUGGUGUUCCGCGGCCUGGAGCGGUGCUCGAGCACGCCGGCGUCGGCAGGCAUCGGCCCGCGCCGGCCGCGGCCCAGGGGCAUGGAGAGGUCGUACUCGGCCAAUGUGCGCGUGGAUCCGGUGAUCAACGUCUUCGGCUUCGGGCUCCUCUUCAUGCCGUCCUCGCCGGCAAAGGAGAGGAAGUCCGACAAGGAGAGGGAGAAGGACGGCGGCGGCCGCAAGAACAGGGCGGAGAAGCUGGCCAUGGUGCUGAGAGAUCCACAGGAUUAGGCAGUGGCCAUGCUGGCAAUAAUGCAUCAGAUUCUUCUUGUCCCAAAUUUUUUGUUGCUUCCCCCGUAUUAUUUUUCUCGCCUUCCUUGCUUCCGAUCGUUGUAAUAUAGCGCCAUCUUUUUAGUCCAGUUUUUAGAACCAGAUCAAAGAAAUUUCAGAUAAAACUUCGGUGAUAUCUGAACUGUAACUCUGAUCCCGAUCGAAGAUCAAUGUUCAUCCAUGUAAAAAAGCAAAUACUGCUACGUGCUCCUUGAACAGCACUUUUUCUGUUCCAAAACCCAAGUAAUAUCAAUACG